AUCGUUUAUUGAUUAACUGUGUUUAGGAUGAUGCUCUGUUUCAUCAUACCGCAGCUUCAUGCAUGCUUAUUUGCUAUCAGUUUGCUGCCAACAUGUUAGUUGCCUACCUUCUUUGUCCAGUAAAUAAGAGCUAGGAUAUUUAUGGAUUAUGUUUCUGUUAGACAUGAAAGUUUCUUAAGCUAUUUGCAUAAUGGAAGAUGUUCUCUCUUCUGUACAUAUGUCUGAACGGGGAAUCGAGUUUGUUCUAGCUACUGGCCACAUAAUAAUCUCCUAAUCAGUAUGCCUUUUCUUAAAGCUAGGACAACUGGGGUGUAUUUUCAUAGCUGGGUACUAAUGGAUCACGAACCUAGUACCACAAGAAGUGACCUGGAGAGCAUGCUACUUGAUGAAGCAUCGGAGCCCAAGGCCCAGCCAUUAUCAAUUUUGGCAGAAAUUACAAAUGAUUUCCCUGAUAAGCAGGAAAUUGACGGAGGUGGUUUUGCGGUGCUAUGUAAGGUAUGUACAGAGAAAAAUCUCCGAUGUGGGGUCUCAUCGGUGACUAUAAUUCCCUGUGUUUUGUCAGAUCAGAUCACAGCAGGGAUGUAUACUAUUGACUUGAUAUGUUCCCUGGAUGCUCAUCCAACAGAGCCAUGGAAGCAGUGGGUGCUGGCUGGGACAUCUGAUGGUUUCAUCCAUGUGUACCACUGCGACUUUGUAACAGAACCGCAAAAGAUCACAAGUUUCAGUGCAAGCAGCUUUGAUUCACUAGCCGUUCAUUCAAGCAAGCCGUAUGUGUUUUCAUCCGGUUGGGGCAUGACGCUUUGGGACUGGGAAAAGGGCUGGCAGUGCGUACACGAUUUUGAUUGUGUCGCAAAUGAAGUUGCAUUUAACCCAGAGGAUGCCAACAGUUUCGCGAGUGCAGCAUAUGGUGCAAGUGCAGAGAUUUGGAACCUUGAUUCUGGUCGCCAAGAGUAUGAUCUCCCUGGGCAUUCCAAGGGUGUGAACUGCCUUGAUUUUUACACACGUGAUGGUCGACAGUAUUUGAUCACUGGUUCUGAUGAUUUGGAACCGCGCACUCGUGAUAUAUGGGACUUGCAGAACAAGUCCUGCAUUCAUACGCUAGAAACUAUGUCUCCAAUUACAUCUGUCGUGUGUCUUCCAGAUACUCCGUAUCUGAUUACAGGGUCAGAAAAUCACAUUGUUCAUGUUUGGAGCUCAACUGAUUUCAUGCUGGAGAGAAUCAUUAAUAUUGGCGGUGGCAUGUGGAGUGGCAGUGACGAUUUAGGACGCAUUCACAGUCUUAGCAUAGUAUAUUCUCUGGCAGAGUUGUUAUUGGACAAGAAUUUGCAAUAUCGGUCAUGCAUAUUGAUGACAACGAAUAAGCAAGUUUCUAGUGAGGACAUUAUUUGA